AUGAUCACAACAACGAUGCUAGUCGAUAAUCGUCAACCUGAUGAGCACCAGGCAGCCAGCAAUGGUAGAGAAAGGUCUUGCGCACUCCCGGCCUUCCAGGAUGCAGGUCGGUCGGAUGAAGAAGCCCAAAUCAUUGGCGUAGUGCUGUUUUGCCUUGGAUCGCCACUCGCCGCGGAGUCCACGUGCCGUUCGUGCCAUUCAGACCCCUUUGAGAAACCGAAGUCACGCGCCGAAGUUGACAUCUUGCCUUUUCAGUGCGAGCAGCAUGGGCAAGGCCUUCGCUUCUCCCCUGAGGCUCCCCUUGAGCCAAAUCAGCGUCGAGGACGCCAUAUCGGCGACACGGCAGUUCCCAAAUUUCCUGCGAAGUUGCUGGACACCGGAGUUGAUUGGUGCAACACUGCACUGGCCCUCGCCCCUGGCACCUGCGUCGGCUUCAGGGGCGCAGUCCCAGUCCCCACUGUCUGCCUUUCAGAUCACACGGUGCACAAUGUGCACAUGCUCCACUUGUCAGAUCUCUCCAACAUCCACCUCGCAGGAGGGGGCGCCACAAGCCCCGAAGCUGUGUCCAGCAGGAUGAAGCGCCUGGAGUCCUACAGGAUCAAGCCCAGGCAGGCGAGUGAGGCCACCGUCCCCACAGUGCUCCCAGAGCGCCACCAGAAGUCUUCAGCAAGCUCCCACACUCUGCAGUCCCUGCACAUUGAGAAGGAAGACCCUCGCGACCCGAGGCAGGGAACGCCGCCUGAAUCCUACAUGGACCACUAUAGGCCUGCGCCCGAAGAUGAAUCGGGCUGCGUCGGGAAAUCGAUGCAUUUUCUGAAGACUUUGGAGUUUGAAGCAGUUCAGACGGUGAGAAGAGGAGGUGCUUGUAAGCUGUGCGUUCUGGAGGCACCGGGGCUGUUGGACCAGCUGGUGCAUUGCAGCCCCAUGAAGGCUGCAGAGCUUGGGGUCAUCCUCGGGCUCAUCAAGCUGGCGUUGCGGUGGAAGGUGCAGGACCGAAGGUGUGCGGUUACCACAGUUGCAUGUCAAAAGGCCGUCGAGCUGUUAGCUCAUGGCACACUCACAUCCGCGCAUGGUGACCCCGCAGGUCUCAAAAGAGCCACUGUGCCAACGCCGAUCUCCCCACCCCGCGUGUACCAUCAGGCUGAUAGCGAUGCAGACGGCGUGAAGCCUCGCAAGGCGCAGCCCGAGCCUCUCUUCCGGCCAGAUGCGAGGCGAAGUUGCUGGACACCAGAGUUGACUGGUGAAACUCUGAACUCGGAGUCUCCGAUGCUGACCCAGUCGCUCGGUUUUACAGGGCGCGCAGGAGACUUCCAGUCCAACGUGGCCUGUAACAUGGCUGGCUGUUGCAGCCUGAGCGGCCUUGGUGUUCCCAGACAUGCCAACCGGCGGGGCAACGAUGGAGGCUCGCCCAUCUUCUGGUUGGGUGGCGCACACCUUUCGGCCGCUUUUGGUGGGGCUUUGGCUGUGGAAAGGAGGAGUGCGGAAGGUGUAAGGCGAUCAGACGUGCUUACUGCGCUACUGACGUGGAAAAGAGGAAGCAAAGCCCUUCUCAAAAUACGAGCGCUCAGUGGGCACGCUGACCUGCGAAGCAUCGUAACCUUAGACGCAGGGGCCACAGGUAUGUCCUGGAUGGUCGAGGCUCUGCGGGGGCUCAUCCUGCGAGAUCACAAUUUGCAAAGCGAUCCAGCGCUUUGCCUCGUGGUUCGCUCUUGCUCCCGCGGCACAUCCCCAGAUUCCGCCAUGUCUCUUGCGUUGCCGGCACGCCUGGCCGCCAUGGCUGCAACGAUGGCCGCCCUCCUUGCUUUGGCCUCCGCAGCUGCUGCGGGCUGCCAUGAAAGUGGCUGCGAGCCCUACGAGCAGGCCGCUCUGCUGCAGGUCACGGGCAAGUCCUCGGCGUCGCAUGCGUCGCGUGCGUCGCUGUGGCCCUUCCCGGGCCUCGCGCGGCGUGAGGGGGGCACGGUGGAGCAGAGCAGGCUGGAGGGUGUGCACAAAGUCCAUGCAGACAUUGAAAAGCUGGCGCUCCAGCAGCUGGCGGAGCUCGAGGCCCGGAACCUCAGUGACUACAACCUGUCGCGGGAUGACUUCGGCCUCACCAACACAACCCUGAGCCUCCUUAACACGGUGUUGACGGAGAUGGGGAGCCUGCUGACGGAGAUCAACGCUUCGCAUAUCGCAGACGAGCAGCUGCUGUUGGAUUUGGCUGAGGGUUUCGUUCAGUGCAAUGUCGAUCUUUCAGUGCGGCAGGCUAUGAGCCAGAACCUGAGCAGCAUCGUCAACGACUCCAGCAACGCCCACGACACCUGCCGCAGCACCGAGCAGACCCUGGCAGCCGAGAACGCCAGCGCCUGGGCGGCAUACCAUGGCUACGGCAGCCAAUCUCAGCCUGGCAGCGAGUCUCUGCCGCAGGACGUGGUGGACUGCAUUCAGAACUUUUUGAAUGGCUACAGCCCUCAGACGGACGCGCACUUGCAGAGCAUGAUCGACUGUGCGGCAACCAUCCAGUCCUGGACUGCUUCUUUCACGCAGAACAUGACGGGCCUGCGGGACGCCUACUUUGCCAGCUUGUAUGCGUUGAACAACCACAGUGAGGACUGCCGCGUGAACCAGUCCACAUUGGAGAGCCACUUCUGCGAGUAUCACCAGCAACUCACGGACAGCUGCGCUGCCACGGACUCCUGCUUCGCAAAUGUCAAUGAGACCUGGCACGAACUACUUGAUUCAGUGGCGGCCUCCAGCGCGCGACGGGAGGCUUCCUACAUCGCGGCCUCGAAGGUGAUCUGUUACAUCCAGGUCCUCCAGUCGAACCUCACGCACCCAGCUGUGCAGGCCUGCCAGGACCUCGUCGUGGACACCUCUGGGAUCGCCGUCUCCGAGCCUACGCCCGCUGGCAAAGGCGCUUGCGACACCUCGCCCGUGGCCGAGUUCCCCUGUGAGGAGUCCUGGGUGCAGGCCGAAUACGAGAGCAAGACCUGGUACACCCAGAGCCCACAGAUCUUGCCCGACACGUGCAUCUCCUGUGCCGCCCGGACUUCCACCACGACCACCGCCGCACCGGUGGCGCUGUUGGCCGGUGUGGGGCAGACCCACACCACUCUCUGCGCCUUGGACGAUGGCGUCGCUAGCAAGUUGAAGUGCGUCGGGCGCAACGACGAUGGAGAGGUGGGCGACCCCGACUCCGUGGGCCACGUGGACCUGGGACCCGGCCGCGUCGCAACCUCCGUGGAGGGCGGUCGGGGCUUCCACUUCUGCGCCCUGGAUGACGUCGGCGAGAUGAAAUGCUGGGGGAAGAACACCCAAGCCCAGCUGGGUCUGGGUGACCUCAACAGCAGGGGUGACGGUACUGGGGAGAUGGGUGCCAACCUUCCGCCGGUGGACAUGGGCGCGGGCCGCACCGUUGUAAAGAUGUGCCCGGGUGCAUCGCACAGCUGCGCCAUCUUGGAUGAUGAGUCCAUGAAAUGCUGGGGCUUAGGCACGAAGGACAAGCUCGGCUUCGACCCAUCCGGCUAUGGCAACAGCAACGCUUAUGCUGGUGACAGCAGCAAUGAGAUGGGAGACUUCCUGCCCCCCGUGAGCUUCGCAGGCCUUUUGGGUGAUCAUCGCGUGCUCAGCUGUGCCCCAGGGGAUUCCUUCAACUGUGCGAUCUUGGACCACCCCAGCGAGACCUCGCAGCUCGCCUGUUUCGGGUCCAACAGCCAUGGGCAGCUGGGGCGGGCGUCGAGCAUCUCCCAGUCCGCAGUCCCCGUGGCAGUCGACCUGGGGACAGGCCGCCGUGCCGUGCAGGCCAGUGCCGGCACGUUCCAUGCUUGUGCUCUGCUUGACAACGGCGCGGUGAAGUGCUGGGGCGGCAACAACUUGGGGCAGCUCGGCGCGGGAACCGAUAGUACCACAACGCCAAACAUCGGCAAGACCGCGGGCGACAUGGGGGACAACCUCCCGCCAGUCGAUCUGGGCGCGAACCUGAAGGCCACCGCCGUCGUUGCUGGCUUUCACCACACCUGUGCCAUCCUCGAGGGAGGCGGCGUCAAGUGCUGGGGCUGGAACCAGUAUCAGCAAACUGGCCAGCCCGGCACCGCGCCGCUUGACAAAGUCGGCGACGCCGGCGGGGAGAUGGGCAGCUCGGCCGCAGCAGCCCGCUUUGGUCCAAAGGCGUCUCCGGUGCCCAAGGUCUAG